AUGGGGAGAGCGGAGAACCCAGACGCAAACCACUCAAUCACUGCAAACGCCACACCAGAGGCCGUCACUGGUCCAGGUCCCACAGACGCCACAGCUGAUCCCACAGACGCCACAGCUGAUCCCACAGACGCCACAGCUGAUCCCACAGACGCCACAGCUGAUCCCACAGACGCCACGGCGGAUCGCACAGACGCCACAGCUGAUCCCACAGACGCCACAGCUGAUCCCACAGACGCCACGGCGGAUCCCACAGACGCCACAGCUGAUCCCACAGACGCCACAGCUGAUCCCACAGACGCCACAGCUGAUCCCACAGACGCCACAGCUGAUCCCACAGACGCCACGGCUGAUCCCACAGACGCCACGGCGGAUCGCACAGACGCCACAGCGGAUCCCACAGACGCCACAGCUGAUCCCACAGACGCCACAGCUGAUCCCACAGACGCCACAGCUGAUCCCACAGACGCCACAGGGGAUCCCACAGACGCCACAGCUGAUCCCACAGACGCCACAGCUGAUCCCACAGACGCCACAGCUGAUCCCACAGACGCCACAGCUGAUCCCACAGACGCCACAGCUGAUCCCACAGACGCCACAGCUGAUCCCACAGACGCCACAGCUGAUCCCACAGACGCCACGGCGGAUCGCACAGACGCCACAGCUGAUCCCACAGACGCCACAGCUGAUCCCACAGACGCCACGGCGGAUCCCACAGACGCCACAGCUGAUCCCACAGACGCCACAGCUGAUCCCACAGACGCCACAGCUGAUCCCACAGACGCCACAGCUGAUCCCACAGACGCCACGGCUGAUCCCACAGACGCCACGGCGGAUCGCACAGACGCCACAGCGGAUCCCACAGACGCCACAGCUGAUCCCACAGACGCCACAGCUGAUCCCACAGACGCCACAGCUGAUCCCACAGACGCCACAGGGGAUCCCACAGACGCCACAGCUGAUCCCACAGACGCCACAGCUGAUCCCACAGACGCCACAGCUGAUCCCACAGACGCCACAGCUGAUCCCACAGACGCCACAGCGGAUCCCACAGACGCCACAGCUGAUCCCACAGACGCCACAGCUGAUCCCACAGACGCCACAGCUGAUCCCACAGACGCCACAGGGGAUCCCACAGACGCCACAGCUGAUCCCACAGACGCCACAGCUGAUCCCACAGACGCCACAGCUGAUCCCACAGACGCCACAGCUGAUCCCACAGACGCCACAGCUGAUCCCACAGACGCCACAGCUGAUCCCACAGACGCCACGGCGGAUCGCACAGACGCCACAGCUGAUCCCACAGACGCCACAGCUGAUCCCACAGACGCCACGGCGGAUCCCACAGACGCCACAGCUGAUCCCACAGACGCCACAGCUGAUCCCACAGACGCCACAGCUGAUCCCACAGACGCCACAGCUGAUCCCACAGACGCCACGGCUGAUCCCACAGACGCCACGGCGGAUCGCACAGACGCCACAGCGGAUCCCACAGACGCCACAGCUGAUCCCACAGACGCCACAGCUGAUCCCACAGACGCCACAGCUGAUCCCACAGACGCCACAGCUGAUCCCACAGACGCCACAGCUGAUCCCACAGACGCCACAGCUGAUCCCACAGACGCCACGGCUGAUCCCACAGACGCCACGGCGGAUCGCACAGACGCCACAGCGGAUCCCACAGACGCCACAGCUGAUCCCACAGACGCCACAGCUGAUCCCACAGACGCCACAGCUGAUCCCACAGACGCCACAGGGGAUCCCACAGACGCCACAGCUGAUCCCACAGACGCCACAGCUGAUCCCACAGACGCCACAGCUGAUCCCACAGACGCCACAGCUGAUCCCACAGACGCCACAGCUGAUCCCACAGACGCCACAGCUGAUCCCACAGACGCCACAGCUGAUCCCACAGACGCCACAGCGGAUCCCACAGAUGCCACAGUUGAUCCCACAGACGCCACAGCUGAUCCCACAGACGCCACAGCGGAUCCCACAGACGCCACAGCUGAUCCCACAGACGCCACAGCUGAUCCCACAGACGCCACAGUUGAUCCCACAGACGCCACAGUUGAUCCCACAGACGCCACAGCUGAUCCCACAGACGCCACAGCGGAUCCCACAGACGCCACAGUUGAUCCCACAGACGCCACAGCUGAUCCCACAGACGCCACAGUUGAUCCCACAGACGCCACAGCUGAUCCCACAGCUGAUCCCACAGACGCCACAGCUGAUCCCACAGACGCCACAGCUGAUCCCACAGACGCCACAGUUGAUCCCACACAGACGCCACAGCUGAUCCCACAGACGCCACAGCUGAUCCCACAGACGCCACAGCUGAUCCCACAGACGCCACAGUUGAUCCCACAGACGCCACAGCUGAUCCCACAGACUGAUCCCACAGCUGAUCCCACAGACGCCACAGCUGAUCCCACAGACGCCACAGCUGAUCCCACAGACGCCACAGUUGAUCCCACAGAUGCCACAGUUGAUCCCACAGACGCCACAGCUGAUCCCACAGACGCCACAGCUGAUCCCACAGACGCCACAGCUGAUCCCACAGACGCCACAGCGGAUCCCACAGACGCCACAGCUGAUCCCACAGACGCCACAGCUGAUCCCACAGACGCCACAGUUGAUCCCACAGACGCCACAGCUGAUCCCACAGACGCCACAGCUGAUCCCACAGACGCCACAGCUGAUCCCACAGAUGCCACAGCUGAUCCCACAGACGCCACAGCUGAUCCCACAGCUGAUCCCACAGACGCCACAGCUGAUCCCACAGACGCCACAGCUGAUCCCACAGACGCCACAGUUGAUCCCACAGACGCCACAGCUGAUCCCACAGACGCCACAGCGGAUCCCACAGACGCCACAGUUGAUCCCACAGACGCCGCAGCUGAUCCCACAGACGCCACAGUUGAUCCCACAGACGCCACAGCUGAUCCCACAGACGCCACAGCGGAUCCCACAGACGCCACAGUUGAUCCCACAGACGCCACAGCUGAUCCCACAGACGCCACAGUUGAUCCCACAGACGCCACAGCUGAUCCCACAGACGCCACAGCUGAUCCCACAGACGCCACAGCUGAUCCCACAGACGCCACAGCUGAUCCCACAGAUGCCACAGCUGAUCCCACAGACGCCACAGCUGAUCCCACAGACGCCACAGCUGAUCCCACAGACGCCACAGCUGAUCCCACAGACGCCACAGCUGAUCCCACAGACGCCACAGUUGAUCCCACAGCUGAUCCCACAGACGCCACAGCUGAUCCCACAGACGCCACAGUUGAUCCCACAGACGCCACAGCUGAUCCCACAGACGCCACAGCGGAUCCCACAGACGCCACAGUUGAUCCCACAGACGCCACAGCUGAUCCCACAGACGCCACAGUUGAUCCCACAGACGCCACAGCUGAUCCCACAGACGCCACAGCGGAUCCCACAGACGCCACAGUUGAUCCCACAGACGCCACAGCUGAUCCCACAGACGCCACAGUUGAUCCCACAGACGCCACAGCUGAUCCCACAGACGCCACAGCUGAUCCCACAGACGCCACAGCUGAUCCCACAGACGCCACAGCUGAUCCCACAGAUGCCACAGCUGAUCCCACAGACGCCACAGCUGAUCCCACAGACGCCACAGCUGAUCCCACAGACGCCACAGCUGAUCCCACAGACGCCACAGCUGAUCCCACAGACGCCACAGUUGAUCCCACAGCUGAUCCCACAGACGCCACAGCUGAUCCCACAGACGCCACAGCUGAUCCCACAGACGCCACAGCUGAUCCCACAGAUGCCACAGCGGAUCCCACAGACGCCACAGUUGAUCCCACAGACGCCACAGCUGAUCCCACAGACGCCACAGCUGAUCCCACAGACGCCACAGCGGAUCCCACAGACGCCACAGUUGAUCCCACAGACGCCACAGGGGAUCCCACAGACGCCACAGCUGAUCCCACAGACGCCACAGCUGAUCCCACAGACGCCACAGCUGAUCCCACAGACGCCACAGGGGAUCCCACUGAAGCUACAGUCUUCUUCAGAGUUGCAGAAAUCGGCCACUUCUUCCCUGGACACAGCUCCUCCGUCACCUGCACCUGUGUUUACGAGCGUGUGAGAGUUAAGAGUCAGCGCAGAUGGCUGAGCUCUGCCGCUGUCACGUUUUUGGGCCUUUAG